UGAGUUUGUUUACGUUUUGAGGGGCUAGAGAAUUAAUUUCCUGCCGUGCUACGUCUUUCGCAUAGACUCAUAAAUCGUGGCAUUUUAAUGAUAUGUCAAAGAACAAUGUGUUAAAAGGAUUUUUAGCAGUGUAAAGUAGUAGACUGAUGAAGAUAAUCGUUGUCUACGUCCUAAUGACCUUGACAUUCAAGGGUCGUUUGAUAUAAAUACUAAUGUAGUGUUUGUUUUUAAAAUAAAAAUGCCGAAAGUGGAAUAUAGCAGAUUGCAAGAUUCAGAUGUGGAAUUAUCUUCCAAAUACCAAAGAACUUUCAUUGCUAGAUAUUAUGGACGAGCUCUUGUUGAAAGAUGGCAUACUCAACCAAUGCUUCCAUGGAUAAUAGCUGAAAUCCAAAGACUUGGAUCUCCAAAAUCUGAAACCGUAUUCCUUUGUGUGACUGAAUGCUCUGUAAAAGCUACCCAUGUUAAAUUUGGGCAUUUAGUUUUCGAACAUAAACUUGGAUCUAUCACUAAAUUCAAUCAAUUGGCAGAUUCUCCGAGAUGUUUUGCCUACUUAACUAAAGAAGGUUCUGAUGUUUCAUUGUGCCAUGCAUUUCAAGCCAGUGAUGAUCUUGCUGUUUAUCAAAUAUUUACUGUACUGAAAGAGGCUAUCCAAGAAUCUUCUAUUGGUAUAAAAGCAAAGGAAGAUUCUCCAUUUGAUGCUGUCCAGAGUAAACAAUGCCAACAGUAUGAAGUUCUUUAUGUUGGCAAAAUAAAGGUUUCACAGAAAAGAGGCCCUCAAAGAUUCGUAGACGAUGCCACUUGGAAAUUGUUAAGUGCUAAAGAUAGUCCCACUGGUGAAAGCAAUUCCUUAAUAAAAAAUUUAGAUUCAAAAUUAUCUGAAGAAAAAGAGAAUGAUUGGGCAUUUAAAGAAACAACAGAUGUUGUACAACAUCCUUUACUCAUUGAGGAGCCAGGCAAUGGCAAUUCUCAAAAGCUCUGCAGGCAACGUCUAUUAAGUGAUAAUCAAAACAAGCAUUCUCUUGCUCCGCCUUCCUCAGCCACUUUAAUUACUCAUUCUCAAAGUCUGGACACAUCAAGUCGAGAUGCUCUUGUUCAGGAUAUUCAGACACUUGCUUUUACAGCUGAACAAUUUUCAUCUGUAAUAGAAGAUGGCAGCCUGCAUAGGCAGUCAUCAUUACCACCUAUGAAUGCAAAAACAUUUUUGGAAUGUUCUCUGGGAUUUCCAUUUACACAGGAAGAAUCGUCACAUUCGCUGUCAGAUGACCAAAAUCCUGAUAACAGAACCAUGCUCUUUCUCAUUAGUCCUUGUGAUAUACGCCUCAUAAGUACAGAUAAAAAAGAACUACUUUUUCAGAAGGAUUUUACCAGUAUUUCACACUGCUCACAGGGAGAAGACUAUGCUGAUCAUUUUGGAAUCAUUUGUCGAGAGACUACUAUAACAGGCAUGGAUAUGUAUGUUGGUUACAUAUUUCAGUGUCAGUCAGCUAAAAUAGUGAAUGAGAUUAUGAAAACCUUAAAGCAAUGUUUCCAUUGUGCUGUUGUGUCAUCUCAUGAAAAACGAGUCUCUUCAAAAAUAUUUAACUUUUGUGAUACUUGUCCAAUGUAUUGGUUUCACAAAUUGUGUUCUGAUACUGAAGGUGAAUCUCCAGAACAAAUUCAAUCAAUUGUGAUGAUGCACAUAGCUGCUCUGGCUGAGAAAGAACAGAAAGAAUUGAUGUCAAAAUAUCAGGAAAUAAUUGUAAGAAGUCUAGCUGAACAAAACAUAGUAUUUAUGACUUUGUUGAGAGCUUUGUGUGAACAAAAACAGAUGAAGCACACUCAUACUGUAUCAAAGGAACAUAAAGAGAAAAGAGCUUUAUCUCCUCUUAGUAAUUUGACAACAAUGGCCAAGAAAACGUUUCCCAGUACAUUUGAUACAGUUUUUAAGGAUGCUCCACUUACUAAAACUCAAUCUUUACCUGUUGGUGCUCGUGCUGAUUUCAAAAUAAUCGAUAAAAAAGGCUUGCAUUUUUCCAAAGAACAUCAAAAAGCUUCUAAACUUUCCAAAGCUGCAAGUGUCUCAUCCAAAAUUCCACCUGUUGAUGAAAAUGUUUCAAAGAAAGAUCUCAUGAGACAUACGACUCCUCCUCCUAAAGAAGGGCCACUUAUAAGUUUCGAACCGACUGAGCAAACACGAAAAGAAUCUGUCUCACUAAGAAAUGCAACUGAACGAUCAUUGAGUGAUACUGCUGCAGUUUUAUGGGAUUUGCAUCAGGGCGAACAUCAGGGUCCAUCCCAACGUAAAGAAAAUAUGACUACUUCUGAUGUGAAAAUAAAUGAAUUGCCUAGGACACCUCUUAAAGCUUCUCCUUUGAGAAACAUAUUCUUACGAGUUGGCUCUAAGAAAGGCAACUUUCCCUUGAAAGAAAUCAAAGAACAGCAUGGUUCCAAAGGUUCCUGGAGAAAAAUGCUCUUUAAUCGAGUUCAGAGACCUUUUACAAAGGAUAUUAUAUUUGGAGAAAUUACAGAAGAAAAAAGAAUGGAAGUUCCUAAACAUUCUUCUGCGCAUUUAAAAGCGUUGUGGAAGAAGGCAAUUAUGGAACAAAUUAUUCUGAUUCGUUUGGAAAGGGAACAGAAGAAAUUAAAAAUGAAACAAGACAGAAUUUUGGAAAAACAUACAAAAUUAGACUAUGAUGUUAUAUGUCCUUGCCCAAAUGAUUCAAUUCAAAAGUGGGAUGCUGUUUUAAAUUCUGAUGCUGAUUACAGUACUCUGGAAUCUGCUGUAAAGUAUGGAGUGCCUCGUCAAAAACGUGGAGAAAUUUGGAUUUUCUUAGCAAAUAAAUAUUGUAAGGCUAAUAAAUGCCCUGCAGUUGACAAUACACCAUAUAUUGAACUUUUACGAAAACUUACUCCUUAUCAACAUGCAAUAUUAAUCGAUAUAGGACGUACUUAUCCUGGUCAUCCAUAUUUCAAACAAGUGCUGGGACCUGGCCAACUAUCAUUAUUUAGCCUCUUAAAGGCAUACUCUGUUGUUGAUGAAGAAGUUGGUUACUGUCAAGGGCUGAGUUUCUUGGGUGGUAUUCUGUUACUACAUCUAGACGAAGAAAAGGCAUUCUUUGCCAUGAAGCAUAUAAUGUUUACCUUAGGUCUACGGAAUCAAUACAAAUCGGAUAUGGCUGCAUUGCAGGUUCAGAUGUACCAGCUAGCUCGUAUUGUACAAACAACAGUUCCAGAAGUGCAUGAAUUACUUGAUAAGUUUGAAGUAUCCCCUAUGUUAUAUGCUGCUCCUUGGUUCCUUACCCUUUUUGCUUCUCAUUUCCCUAUUGGCUUUGUUGCUCGCCUUCUUGAUAUGAUGUUUUUGCAAGGUAUAUCUGUACUGUAUAAAGUUUCUGCUUUACUGUUGAAAGUUCACCAGGCCCAGAUACUUAAGUGCAACUCAUUUGAAUCAUUAGUGUCCUUCUUGAAAUCAACUUUACCUUCCAGUGGCCAUGUUGGAAUGGAAAAAGUUCUUGAUCAAGUACUGUUGAUGGAUAUUGAGAAAUCCCUUCUUACAUAUCAAAUAGAGUAUAUGGUUUUGAAAGAAGAAAUGACAGAAUUAAAUACCAGCUCUGAAGCUACACCUGCCAUGCGGACACAAAUAGAAAAUGAAAAUAAAGACCUGCAGAAGCAGAAUAUGGAACUUCAGGAACAAUUGCAGGUUGCAUUGAAUACAAUUAGUAAAUUGGAGGCUUCUGUUACAUCCUACCAAAGCACUAUUCGCAAAUUAGAAUCUCAUGUGAGAACACUGCAAGAUGAGAGGGAUGCAAUGCACCACAGCGUAAAUAUCCUAAGAAAACGUCUAGACAGUAUUGACUUGGCAAGUCCGCCUCUAGAGCGUGAAGUAGCAAGUCAGUCUGAUUCAGUGAAAAAUGUUAAAAAAUAACUGUGCCAUUAUAAUAUGCUUAUAAUUUCCUUCAGUAUGAAAGAUUAUUAGAAAAUGAUUUUUAUUACUAUAUAUUUUAUUAAUGUCAGAGAAGUAUAUCUAUACUAGUCCUCUUAUAUGUCUUAAAUCUGUUCAAUUGACCUUUUGCAUGGUAAAGAUGUUAUUCUUGAUGUAUUAUUUAUUUUUUAUUAAAACAUGAAGUUCUUUUAUUAGUAACAUAGACAACUAUCAUGUGUUAGCAUUUCAGCAACCAUUGAUUGAAUGAAGUUUACAUAAUUUGGUCUAUAAAAGUAAUGCAAUCUUGUUUUUAAAAAUUUGCGAUUUUAUUUUUGCUAUACGGUGCAAUACUUGAAGUUUGUCUAUAAAUUUAGCAUCAUUUUGUUAAUAAACUUAUUCUUUUUUAUUUGCUUUUGAUCAUUAUAGUCUAUAUUUUUUGUAGGCAGUUCAAGGUCGCAUUUUCUACCUUGUUUGGUACCAGUAAUGCGGUAGAAAAUAUGACCUUGAACUGCCUUCAGAAAAUACAUUGACUAUACUAACUCUAAAGUCUAUUUAGUUAUGAUUUUUAAAAGAUGUCUGUAUUUAAAAUUAUCAGUUUUAUUCUAUGAAUUAAUUUUUAAAAAAUCAAUAUUAAGGUUUUCCUUAUACUAGCACAUAUGCAUUUUUUUUAUAAUAGAAGGAAAUGGUUUAUAAAGAUAAUUUUUUAAAUAUAUAUAUUAUUGUUAGAUUGUGAGUUGUAAAAAAAUUUCAAAACAUUUUAAAUCAAUACUAGUAUUAGACUCAUAAAUUUUCUCUCAAAUCUUAAAGAAAAAUUCCUAUGAAUUUAUUUUUAAUACUGUUAUUGGUCAAUUAUGCAAAAUCAGAUUUAAAAUUCUUUUUAUAAAAUUUCUCCAAACACACACAAGGGAGAUGAUUUCUGUAAAAAAUUGCAAACGCAUUUUAGUAUUUGCAUCUGUGGUGAUUAUUUGGUUACAGGAACUAAAUUUUUAAUAGUAAAAAUAUGUCUGUGAUUUGAAAUGCAUACAAAUUAUUGAAGAUAAUGGUGUUUUUUUUUAAUAAUAUCUGCAUUAUGUGAAGACAAAUGUUUCAGAGUCAUAACAAGAAAUAUAAUCGUGUGCCUAACAUGUAAAGACAUAAGCUUCUACAAAUUUGACAUUUAUUUCUGACCAGGAAAUUCUUUUCCUGUGCUGUAAAGAUAAACUUACUGAGUAUUUAUGAUUUUUCUUAAUACAUUUUAAUAUCCUUUUGAUUUUUUUUCUUUGAUUUAAGAUCUUAAUUUUGCUUAGUAUUUCUUCCUUUCCUUAACUCAUAAAACAACUCACUGCACUACUUAUUUAAAAAAAAAAAUAACUUCUUGUUAUGUUAAAUAUUCCAAGUUUGUCUAAAAAUGAUGUAAAUAUUUGAAAGUUGUUAUAUUUACUACAGUUUUCUGAUGGUAAAAAUAUUUCACUUUGAUUUAUGGAUCUGAUUGUUUUUUAGCUUAUUAUUUAAUGAGGAAAAUAAAAGUGUGUAUCAUAAAUUAUAUUCUGAUCUUUGCUGAAUUUAUAUGUAUAUAUGAGAAAGUUGCUCGAAAUGAAAUUGUGAGAAUCUUCACUCUUCGAAAUUUUUCAUCUGAUUUAUAACUCGAUACAUCUUACUUAAAUCUAAUUCUAAGAAAAAAAGGCUUCAGGCUCACUUGAAAAAAAAUGUUCAUUGUUAAAAAUAUUUUUAGCAUUUUUAAAAAUUGCCACCAAUAUUAUAUUCUUCUACUUACUUGCUGUACUUAAAUAUAGAUUAUAAUAUCAGUACUUGAUUUAUUUUAAUUAUUGUACUUAAAAACACUUUUCAAAUAUCAAAAAGGCUUCUAAAAAUGACUGGAAAAUCAAAUACAAUUAGAAGUGCUUUUUUUUAUAUAGAGUUAUAUUUUUAUACACGCCAUUCAGAACCAUUUAAGAAUUAAAAUGAUUUAUAAAAAUUUCUUCAUAUGCGGCUUUCAUGGAUUCUUUCAAAUGUAUAUAAUGUGAUAAUUCAAUGCCUUAUACUUAAUUUGAAUUUACUUAAUUUGAUAUUUUUUUUAGUUAUGUACUUUUAAAACAUACUUUUAUGACAAUGUGUGUGCUUUUUAGAACAUCUAAAUUAUUUAAGUUACUUUUUGUUAAUAGAUGCAAGUUGAUAUGUUAUAAUGUAUUUGCAUUGUUUUUUUAAAUGCGACUACUAAAAUGCAAACAUAGUUCAUUCUAUAUUUUAUUUGAAUUUUUUUUCUAUUAAGUUGAAGUGAUUGUGUACUAUAUGAAAUUUUCAAAAAGAAAAUAUUUUUCCAUUUUCAAGUAAUGCAGCUGUAUAAUGUCAGUAUAUAUAUUAGAGUUUAUAUAUAUAUAUAAUUGAUGAUAAAAAUUAAUACCUCUGCAUUUCAAUGUUGUAUAUCUGUAUUAAUUGUAAUGUCUACAUGACAAAGUUCAGGCAUUUCAUUACUUUUCUUUUCUGUAUAUUUGUGUCCAUUUGAUUUUUCGAUGGAUUUGUUUAUUGCUUAAGUGCAGAUUAUUCCUUCUUACUGAAUACUGAUAUACCUCUCAGUCUGAAAUUAUUUGUUCUUGAAAUGAAAGAGUCCUAUGGAUUUAUUUUUUAAUUAAAAAAAGCAUUAUAUUAAGUAAUAUUUUAAGUAUCACAAAUUAUAUUAAUUAAUGAUCGUUGUUCUAUGUACAUAAGUUUUUGCAGUAUUGAUGUAAAUCUAGCUUAGUGCAGAAUCUGUGCAUAAUGCUUUUGGAAAGGAUCUUACUCUGAACAAUUGAAUAUUUGAAAAUACUAUAAGAUCAUUUAAAUAUUUUGAAACAAAAUUAGUUCCUAUUUAUUGAAAUGAUAUAAUUGAAAAUAUUAAAUAUUCUUUAUACAGUUCUCAUUUAUUUCAAAUUAGUUUCCUUGUGUCAGUUGACAUUAUUUUUAAAUAUUUAAAUAAGGCGUCUCUUGAUAAACCGAAUGAUUUUCAAUUUUAAAGUGCAUAAUAAACUGCAUAGAUUUGCAUGCUCUUAUUGGAAAUAAUUUAUAACUUUAUUCUGUAAACAUUUUAAAAUUAUUAAUAUACUAAAAUCAUCUUUAUUGCUUUAAUAUAGAUUUAACAACCAUUUUAUAAUUUUAAAAAUUAUUUAAUUUUACAUUAUUUUGUAUUGAUAUAUGUUUAUUAUUUAUUUUUGAAUUCGAAUAUCUACGUUAUUUACUCUGAUAUGAUCUCAUUAGUUUGAAAUGUUGAUGGAAAAUCAGUGUUGUUAUUUAAAUUGGAGAUUAAACUUGUAAGUAUAAUGGACUGAGAGGAUCAGUGUGACAAAAUUAAACAACCUGUAACUACUGUUUUUAAAAUUGAUGUAACUAAUAUCUUAUAUUUGCAAUUUGGUUAAUAUUUUUCUUUUUUAUUUUAUUAUUUAUAUUUCUUCCUUUCUUAUUGAUAAAAA